AUGGAUUCCAGGUCUCCUAUUCGUCGACGACAACUUCGGGGCAGAACUGCGACAGCUUGCUUGGAGUGCCAACGGAGGAAGAAGAAAUGUAACCGUCAAUGGCCGUGCGAUCAUUGUCAAAAUCGAAAAAUCUCUCACCUAUGCGAGUUUGGACCACCCAGGGGGGCAAGACAGCCGGUGGAGUCAGAAGCAAGCUCAAUGAACGAUUCUCAACAAGGAAUCGAGGCUCCGGUAUCUGAGAUCCAGAGCCCUUUGUCUCUGGAAGAUUGCUGCUUGGCAGUAAAUGAGUUGUCAUAUGUGGAUAGCGAUGUUUUCAAAAGCAAGAUCCAACCCACUACUAAGCCGACGAAACCGCUAUCAGUUCCAAGCCAUGUUUUGCAGGCUCUCAGAACUGUUCCCCCGCGCCCGUAUACCGACGCUUUGGUGCAAAACUUCUUUAAUCUUGUUAAUUUCCACUAUUGUAUUCUCCACCAACCGCAUUUCAUGACCCAGUACACGAAAUGGUGGUCGACAAGACCCGAGCUAAGAAGUUCGCCUGGCUGGUCUGACAUUUCUUUCACCUGCCUGGUUCUCCGAAUAUGCAGUAAUUCGACCCAAUUUCUUACGCCUUCCGAUAUUCAUCGGUUUGAAUCCGAGCUUGGAGAGCCUGUGUCGGUUUUGGGAGCGAAUUACAACACCGCGGCCCAUACCCUGAGCAAUUACCUGCCUUCUGGGAGUGGGGGGUUGGCAAAUGCACAACAACUCUUCCUAGCAGCUACUUGGUCUAAAGCAGAAGGUGACUUUGUCUCUUCGUGGCAUCAACUAGCUGCUGCUGUAAGACAUGCUCAAGAAAUAGGUAUUCAUAAUGACUCAUCGUCAGAAGAGAUGACAGGGUUGGAGAGAGAGCUUCGCAGACGACUCUGGUGUGCUCUGUGGACCUGGGAUAGAUUCAUGGUCGGUAUUUUCAAUCGGGCCCCAAUUAUCCAAUCAAGCGAACCUAUCCCCUUACCCAACCCAAAGUUGGAUCAGACGCCAGACGACCCAGAGAUACCGUCAGUUGUGUUGGCUAAGGUGCUUGAAAAUCAGCUCACUAGCCAACUUUACGAUGAUAGCCAGAAGGAUGCUGACUUGGACACCAAACUAGCCUUGGUCGAGGACUUUAUGGAUGGACUUCCCAGCGUCUUCCGGCUUGAAGGCGCCGACGUACGAUGGGAUACAAACCAUCCCAGACUCAUCGUCCAGCGCCUACAAUUACACACAGCUUGCUAUAUGGCUCAGAUGAUACUGCUCAGACCAACGGUUCUGGAUGUUGAAAUAUGUGACCCGGACAGGCUCUCUAAUAUAAUCGACAUUAGUUUGAAGUGUAUGGAAGUCAGCCGAAAAUUAUUCGAUGUUUGCGUCCCACAGCACGCAAAAUACUUUAUGAUUACAUUCGCCCCUUUUGACAAUGCAUCGUUUCUUUCUUCUGUUAUCAUCAAGGCCGGGAAGAAACGUCAGGUGCCCAGACGGUCAGAGAUUAUAGCUGCAAUUGGGCAAGCACUCUUUAUGUGCAAUAAGCUACGCGAAUUUACAAAGCUAGGGGCCACAACAUGGACAAUUCUCAUGGCCUUGGCUUCGAAAUUCAAGCUCGAUGCGUCUGAGAAAAUCAUCUUUGAGCAGAUAGGACAAAUGGGAGACGCAUCUGGUCCAACAGAGAGAUCAUUUCUUGAGCUUGGAAUGGGAAAUGACGAGCCUCUCAUGCACCAACCUGAUGGUAUGGCCAAUUUGGCUGAUAUGACUGACACUGAUUGGGGAAUGUGGGGAGCAUCAGAACCGUCGGCACAAGUUGAUCUUGGUAUUCUUGACGGGAUGUGGGAUUGGAACGGUCUAGGUUUGGGCGACAUGGGCUCCGUCUGA